AGCUACGGCGACAUACUGGUGAGAAUCCCAAAGAACACCACCAUCCCAACCAGGAAGUUCGAAUAUUUCUCAACCACCUCGUCUGACUGCCAGGAAGCCGUGCAGCUAUCUUUUUACCAAGGUGAAAGAAAGAAGGCAAGCGCCAACCAACUUCUUGGCGUCCUGGUGUUCGACGGUAUCCCGCCCGCUCCCAUGUACGUUCCAAGGAUCACGGUUUGCGUCGACAUCGAUGCCAAGGGCAACCUGAACGUGUCUGCCGAGGACAAGUCGACGGGCCGGAAGGUGACCAAGAGCAUACCGGGCGUCGGGGUCGAAGGAAAGCUUCUGACGGCGGAGGAGGUGGAGAAGAUGGCCCGACAAGGAGAGAAGCACAAGUCGGAGGACGAAGAGCACGCGAAGGAGGUGAAUGCCAUGAAAGCAAUGAAGGAGUAUGCAAUCCUGGUCAGAGAGAACGCGGCUGCUGGAGCCUACUCGUGGAAAGCGGACGACGCAUUUAGGGAUGCGUUUGGGAAGAUGCUCGGCGAGUUCAAGGAGAAGGCAAAGGAGUUUGGAUUGGAAGCAGGUGACAAGAAGAGGUGUGAAGCCUAG